AUGGGUGCGGGACAUGAACCACACUCCCACAAGGCGAAUGCGCAUCCCCUGUCGCGUAAACGCAAGAUCCCCGUUGAACAAGCUGAUGAUCUCGACCAAGAAGAGGAUAAACCUAAGAAAUUAAAGAAGGAAGUUCAAGUUGCCGAAAAACGUUUAAGAAGAUUUCGUCCCAAACCACCUCAGGAUUUCUCCAAUAUAUAUACUCGCGCGACAUCUCAGAGAUUCUAUGUACUUGGAAGAACUCGUGAUGGUACCGCUCAUUGUCCCGAGGAAUCCGUCGAGUUGACCGGUUCCACUGGCAACAUAUACGUCGUUCACAUUGCGCAGCAGCCUACCUGUACGUGCCCUCACUCCCAGAAUGGGCACCAGUGUAAGCAUAUAAUAUAUGUCCUAUCAAGAGUCCUUCGUGCGCGCUUUGAGCUCGUCUAUCAGCUUGCCCUGCUCACCACUGAGCUCCAAGAGAUCUUCGAACAUGCCCCUCCCAUAGAGAAUGAUGACCAAACCGAUGGGAAAACGCAUGACAAGAAUCGCAAACCCCUGGAAGGUGAUUGCCCAAUCUGCUUCAGCCCUUUUGAAGCUACUGAGGAUACCGUCUACUGUCAGGCCACGUGUGGCAACAAUAUCCACAAAGAAUGUUUCGAGAUGUGGGCGGCCACUAAACGUAAGAGGACUGGGGACCAAGUUACUUGUCCUAUGUGUCGUACUCCUUGGCAGGGUAACGAUGAUGUUGUUAAGAAGAUCAAGAAUACGGGUAUCAUUGGCCGCGAUGGCUAUGUGAAUAUUGCCGACCAGCUCGGCAUUAGCGGCGCGAGAGAUCAUAGCUCAUACUAUAACGGACCACGCCGUGGUGUACACUCUGGGGGUUGGUGGUGAUGAAAUGUUGAUUUUGUCCCCCAACCGCCUCGCACUUGGCAUAUUUCCGCUUUCGGCACCCGUAAAAUAUAAAGUUAAGAUUUUCUGUCUGAUAAAAGUGAUGGAACUGGCACUGUAGAUGACGCGGAUUUAUUGGUGAAGCUGUCGGUGACGACGGCUUCAGAAUUAUCAGUCUGUUCAUGAUGGUGACGAUGCUAGGAGGAUGUAAAAUAACACGCGGCUUGAGGGUAGGUUCAAAUUGGGCUAUACUACACGGUACCCUUCAUACAACCGUCUUGACUAGCAAUUGCUUCGAAUUACUUUUCGCGAAGUUACAAGACAACCGAGACGAAACGAUAGAAAGGUUUCCAACAAAAUUCCGGCAUUGCUGCCAAUAGAGACUUGUAGGAUACAACAUUGUUUCAAUUUUGCAUCCACCACUAUUGUCCCUCGUGAUUUACCUUAUUAAUCCACGGUGGUCUAAGAAGAACCAUCUCGUGAGUUCUUUAGUUUGAGAUCUUCCUCUUCAUCCUUCGGAAUUGUUACGAACAUGGGAACGGUCUGCGCGUUUAGCUUUCGGAAGGCCUAGU